AUGAAGGUGUGUGUAAUCGGAGGAGGUCCUGCAGGACUGUACACAGCAGCCUCCCUACUGGCAAGAAACAUCGACGUCACACUCCACGAGAAGGAGGCUGAGGUGGGCGGGAUGUACAGGUACUCUCUGCUCCCUGCGUCCAAGAUGUCGCCAUUUGCUAAGCUGCUGGAGCACAAAAACUUUUCUCUAAAGCUGAAUUCCAAGGUCGAUCUCGGGAAGUUGAAGACAAUGGAGAAAGAGUUCGAUGCGUUUGUAAUUGCCACCGGAUCUGACGGACCAAGAAGGCUGGACAUCCCGGGAGGAGAGCACUGUGUCAGCAGCCUUGACAUAGCAAAGUCGUGGACUGGAGAAGAGCUGAGAUAUACAGUGGGAAGAAAGGUCCUGGUUGUUGGGAUGGGAGAUGUGUCGAUGGACAUUGCAAGAUUUCUUUUUGGAUGGCAAGGUCCUCAGUUUCGAUUUCCAAAGAGCAUUCUGGAGAAGGUAAAGGACGUUGAGGACGUAACCAUUACAUCCAGAAGAGGAGUCUCUGGAAGCGCAUUCACAAACUCCGGACUGAGAAGCGUACUCGAAAUCCCAGAUCUUGGCUUCCAUUGGUCGGAAGGAGGGAACACGCCUCAGAACCACAGGCCCAGACCAGAGAACUUUGAGGAGACGUCCAACUGGGCCCGGGAGCACAGAGACAGCGAGGAAAAUGGCAGAAUCAAGAAGUGGUGGGAGAGGAGAAUGGGACUUCUUGGGGCUGUCAGAAAGGGGGCUAGAAGGCUUAGACUGAUGUUCAACACCAACAUCAAGUCGAUAGAGAAAGUUGGCGCCCAAUAUAAAGUGAAAAUGGAGCAAGAUGGAGUGCAGAUCGAGGAGUGUUUCGACUCUGUAAUAUCGAGCAUAGGGUUCAAUAGGACAAAGGAGAAGGCUCCUGGAAUUGCGAAGGCAGUGUACCAUGUCGGGUGGGCCAGGCACCCGAGGGGCAAUGUAGAGAGGGCCAAGGAGGAUGCACAGGAUGUCGUAAACAAGAUAGUUCAAACAGAGAAAAUCCAAUGA